CAAAAGGGCUUUCACCCAGACCCCAUCCCCUGAGCAUGUUUCUCUUUCUGCUUCUUGCUACAGGUUCAUGAAUCACCGUGUUCCGCCCAACCGCAGGUACCAGCCGACGGAGUAUGAGCAUGCGGCAAACUGUGCCACCCAUGCAGUGAGUCCCUGUCCGUGUCCUAGGUUCUGGAUCCUGCCCAGCAUUCUCGGCAGCUCCAUCCUCUACAUCCUCUCUGAUGACCAGUGGGAAACCAUCUCAGCCUGGAUCUAUGGCUUUGGCUUGUCCAGCCUCUUCAUUGUCUCCACCAUCUUCCACACCAUCUCCUGGAAGAAGAGGCAUCUCAGGACGGUGGAACACUGCUUGCACAUGUUUGACAGGAUGGUGAUCUACUUCUUCAUCGCAGCGUCGUACGCUCCCUGGUUGAACCUGAGGGAGUUGGGUCCAUGGGCCUCCCACAUGCGCUGGAUCAUCUGGAUCAUGGCGUCUGUCGGGACUGUCUACGUCUUCUUCUUCCAUGAGCGGUACAAGCUGGUGGAGCUGGUGUGCUACGUUGUCAUGGGCUUCUUCCCUGCCUUGGUCAUUCUCUCCAUGCCCAACAGGGAUGGUCUCCCGGAGCUGGUGGCCGGCGGACUCUUCUACUGCCUGGGCAUGGUCUUCUUCAAAAGCGAUGGCCGCAUCCCCUUCGCCCAUGCCAUCUGGCACCUCUUCGUGGCCAUCGGAGCGGGCAUCCACUACUACGCCAUUUGGAGGUACCUCUACCGGCCCGGCGCGCUGGAGGCUAAAACAUCCCGGUAGAUGCCUUAAAGACAUCGUUUGUGCCAACCGGCACACGGGGCAUGGGGGGGAGCGGGGAGGCAGCCUGUGCCGUGGGCUUGCCCCAAACCACCCGGUCGCCCCACAGGCAGCAGCCACUGGUGCCCUCCCACACAGAGAGGAGAGCCUGGAGGUUGAUUUUAAACAGAUUUUUCUUUUUUAACCUUGGGAACUGUUUUUUAGGCAAAGAUUUCAUAACACAGUGGCUGACUGAUGGGUUGCGGGCAAUAAGGGAGUGACCCCUUGCCAAGGGCUUGGGGAGGCCUCGCUCACCUGCCUGACCCUCAGCAUUCCGUGGGACCAGGGGCCCUGCAUGCCCCUGGCUAGUGACACCCUGGGUUUGGCUACCGGAGUCCUUAGGCCACCCAGGGGACUGGAGGUGCCCUGGGAUGCCUGGGUGUGCAGCUGCCCCACCCAGGGAGGGGGGCACAUCAGCACCCCUGCACCACCCAGGCUGGGCUCCUAAAUGGUCCUAAGUUGUGUCAGCAUUAACUGCCCCCUCCCAAGGUCUUGGUGGGAAGGUCCAGAGGCAACAAAGCCUUACAGGAGAUUGAAACUUGAAUCUCUUCCAGGGUGCCCCUGAGCCCCCAAGCACUGGAAAACCCUUUCUCUAAGCCAGUAUUAAGUGCACAACUCAGUACAUCAGCCCUUUGA